UCGAUGUGUAGAAUACUAGUUUCCUCUCCAAUACAUCCUACGCUCAUAACUAAUCGAUAAUUUGGCGCGAUUUUGCUUCCCGAUUCUAAGAUAUCGCCUCUUUUCUGCUCACAGCCAGUAAGUCACAGGCAUUCUUCAUUUUUCUCUCUCUUUAAAUCUCUCGACUGGCGAUGGUGUCUUCACGAGUUAGGAUUUCCGUUCGAGUAUUCUUUAUCCUCCUCCUCCUUGCUAUCAUUUUCUAUACCGGUCGUCCUCUUUAUUGGAAAAUCUCUGCAACUAUUCACGAGAUUCGAGAGAAUAGGCAAACUGUUAAACAAGGAAUUUCACAAAUUGUUUAUGAAGCUCAGAAAUCAGUUGGAUGGUUCCAUGAUGAAUCUGAUCCUGGAUUUGAAGAUGUACACAGUACUAAGAAAUCUGGUUUGAUCACUACAACUAGAAGGAUUCUUAGGGGUUAAUUCAUCUUAAAGAACUUAUCAGUGUCUUGGAGUAUUGAUUCCCCAGCAAGUGGAACCCAAACAAGCAAUCAAUAUGUAUAGGGUGAAAGAUGCAAUUAUACAACACUAAGAUUGAUGUGGCAAGACCUCUUCAAUGAGAGGAGGAAAAAACCACCAGCAAACUUCCAUUAUGAAAUAGUGGAUUACAACUACUUAUAAGUUUGGAAUUUCUUAAUUUCGGUUUAUAGCCGGUGAGUAGUUUGCAACAGGUAAAUAGACUUGGUCUUAAGCUGCAUGUCCUUUGCAACUUGUAAGCUAGCAUAUGGUCUCUGUUGGAUGGCGAAUUUGCUGGAUGUUGAUAAAUAUGCACUCGAAACUCUUCUACGCACUAAUAUUUCAUUUUAGUAAGCCUGUCAAGGACUUGCUCAGUUGUGUUUGAUGCCCUACAUUUUGGGCGUAUAAACUAUCUAAUUAGUUCCGGCCAGGCAUGUAAAGAAGCUUUUUGCAAAAUUUGUUCCACCUCCUAAUUUUGUGGCAUCACUGCUCUUCCAUUUUCAAGAAACGGCCAAGCAGUUUGUUCAAUUUCUGACAUAUAAUAAACCAAAAGUUACAAAUAUUCUACACCGGUUUCAUGCAAUCCAAUACGUGGAUGGCCAA